AUGUUCAACUUAAUUUCCAAAUUCAUUUAAUUUUUUUAUAUAUUAAAAAAAAAUAAUUGAUCACAAAUAAUCAAUAAUAACUAUAAUAAUAUAUCAAAAAUAUAUGGUUCAUUUAAAAAAAAUUAAAUUACCCUUUUCAUACAUAAAAAAAAAAUCCUAGAUCAAAUGUAAAUAUUGAAAUGAUCUUAAUGGAAGAAAAUGGAAAUAAGUUAGAUAAUUUAAAGCACCCUGAACCUUUACCCUCCGUAAGCGAUCCACUUAUUAAAUACGACCAUCGCCUCUCCAACUCUACAACUAAUAAUGGAUCUGGUUAUAUUAACGCAAAUGGACAUAACAAAGGUAACUACGACGCUAACGAUUCGCACAGCAAAGGAAAAAGUAGUACAUGCCUCGCGGGAAAUAGUGGCACAUGCCUUACUAGGCGCCUCAAAAUAUACAAAAACGUUUUCGUGCUAAGCUUCUCCUUCUUCUUACUCUUUUCGGCCUUUCAGGGCUUGGUUAACUUGCAAACUAGCAUUCAUAGUGAUGGGUUAGAUAAUGAGAGCUCUUAUCAAAAUGCGAGCAAUAAAAAUCAAGGAGGCCUAGGCGCUUACACUAUGUGCGCCAUGUAUUUAGCCUUAGCCGUGUCUUCUAUAUUGCUACCUCAAAUAUUCAUCGACCGUCUCACCCUUAAAUGGACGAUAGUUCUAUGCAUAUUAUUAUACACGGGUUAUAUAUUCGCAAAUUUAAGACCCUCCUGGAUCACAUUAAUACCUGCGGCUAUAUGUUUAGGGUUGGCGGGGGCCCCCUUAUGGACAGCUCAAUGCACCUAUAUAGCCCAGUUGGGAAGAUUCCUAGCACAAGUUAUUAUCAAUCAACGAUCUAAACGAGCUCACGUUGAAGCCGUGCGAAGCGGAAGGGAUUCUGAUAGGUACAAUUUAAAAUUAUUGACAAAUAAAGAUACGAGAAAAAGAAAUAGACAAAUGAGCUACGAUUCAAAUCGCGAGUCCUUGAACAGUGACAAUACCAACAUAGAAGAAGGGAGAGAGGUACAGUACGGGAAGAUGAAGGAGAUCGAUAGAGAUGAUGAUGAUAUUAAUAACGUCUCUACUAUUACUAAUGAUAAUGAUGAGAGCCACACCAUGCAUAAGAAUAAAUCAAUAAAGAGGAAGAUGGUUAAGAAACUUACAGAAAAAACGAUUCCUCAUUUACUAGGAAUAUUUUUUUGCUUUUUCCAGGGUGGACAAAUAUUUGGUAAUAUUAUAUCCUCGUUGACGCUACAAUCAAACGUAAAAGAUAUAUUUUUAUUUCCGAAACCAAUUCCACUAAAUACUAACUAUCAGUGGCAUAGUAAAAAUACAAAAUCACUUCAAAAUGUGCAUAGGUUAUAUGAAUAUUUGGCUCAAAGACAAUAUUGUGGUGGAAAGCAUUGCCCUUUAACCGAUAGUAAUAUUAUCGAAUACAUUCGGAAAGAUAAAAACUAUUCCGGUAUAUAUGGUCAGGAUGUUCUGUCCGUGCAUAAUUCUAAAACUGGUUUGGUAAAGUUAAAACACAGAGAAAUAAUAAUAUCAAAAAUCAACAUGCUAUGUUACGUAUAUGCCAUUAUGAGUAUGUCUGCUGCCUUGAUGGUAGCUUUGUUUUUAGACCCAAUAUCUAUUCCUAGCUUAGCCAGCUUAAUUCCGGUAUCUACUAUAAAUGAGGCUAGUGACAGAACAGAUACUUUGCAUAGGACUAUUCUGAAUCCUUUUAAGAAAUCAGAUAAAAUAUUAAGCCACAAACUACUCAAUGAUACACUAUCUCCCGCUCUCUCGCCUUCCAUUCAUAAAGAAUCGGAAAUGUUUAAUUUCAAUAUUGCAAAAACGAAAAACAUCAAGUGUUGUAAAGCGAAUUACUUAUAUGAGAUCGGCUCCACUUUCAGACAAAUGAAAAAUAAUAUCCAAAUCCUUCUUAUACCAUUGACCAUUUACAUGGGCUUAGAACAAGGUUUUGUGGCCGCUGAUUUCACUCGAGCAUUUGUAUCUUGCUAUUUUGGUUUACGAUUCGUGGGUUUAGUCAUGUCCUUCUACGGGGUUAUCGAUGCCUUAUCUUCGAUUAUGGGCGGAAGUAUCAACAACCUUUUCCCUAGAUAUCUCAUCUUCGUUCUCAUAUAUUUUACACAUAUUUCUUGUUUACCUGUCAUGUAUUUCUACCCUAAUUUCGGUGAUAAAUUCAUGCACGUUUUAUUUAUCGCAGGGUUAUGGGCCAUAGGCGACGGAGUGCUACAACCACAACUAAACGGUUUGUACGGGACACUUUUCAAUAAACGAAAAGAGACAUCGGCAUACGCUAAUUGCAGACUUUGGGAAGCGGUGGGAUUUCUUAUUAGCUUUGGUCUACAUGAAAAACUUUGUAUUAAAUAUAAGUUUAUAAUACUGGGAUGCGUCUUGACCAUUGGAAUGAUUUGUUAUGGAUUAAUAGAAUACAUUUUAUUUAGGAGGCGCCGUCAGAGUUCUCAUUAAAUCUGAAUAUUAUAUUUUGGCUGUAUCCUAGUAUCAAUUUUUUUUAAAGUACAAACUAGAUUUAAUAAUUUUAUGUCUUUUAACAUUGACAUGGACAUUUUUCAUAUGAUUUAUAAUAUAUGCAAAAAUUUACCAUUUUUAAAGUGGAGUGUAGCUUAAAGUUAAACAUCUCAGCUUUGGUACAACAGGUAUCAAAUUCGAACCCCAUGAUUUGGCAAAAUAAUUUUCAUAUCAAUCUUUUUUUGCUGAAGCUAAUUUGAUAUUAGACGCGAAGUUAUACCCUCUAGUGAAAUUAAACUGAACUCAAGGUUGCCAGAGAAACCAAGGAGGGAACUAAGCAUCUGAUAUCAAAUUGGUUUCAGCAAAUAUAAAUGAUCUAAUGGUCCUGAUCUCAACAUUUCUGGUCCCAAAAAAAUAUUCAUACAUGUAUUUUAAAAAAAAUAACAAUUAUUUGCAUUUAUAAAAGUAUGGUUAUCUAUAACAACAUUACCGUAUCAGCUAGUUAUAACAUUAAUUAAUUAACUUCGAACUUAUAAUUUAAAAGUGAGAUCUAGUGGCGUCA